UUCAGUGCAUUAUUGCAUGUUGCAGCCAGUAUGACGUUCUGUUCUCACAAUCAGUUGCAGUUGCAGUGUGCAUCUACUGCGAGUUGCGUCCGAUCUUUAACUGCAGUUCACCAUUUAUUCCACGAUGGAUCGUUGGCAAGGUAAGGUAGCAGUGGUGACUGGUGCAAGUGCAGGAAUUGGAGAAGCAAUUGUGAAAGACCUGGUUAAAGCAGGAAUGAAAGUCGUGGGACUUGCUAGGAGGAUCGAGAAAAUGGAAGAGAAUGCAGCUUCAAUGGAUACAUCCAAUGAUGGAGAAUUUUAUCCAGUUAAAUGUGAUGUAUCAAAAGAGCAGGAUAUUCUGGAUGCUUUUGCUUGGGUCAAAGAAACUUUUGGAGGAGUUGAUGUAUUAGUUAACAAUGCUGGCAUUUCAAAGAAUGUGAAUCUGACCGAUCCUGAUAAUACUGAUGAUAUUCGGAGUGUUGUGGAUGUGAAUAUUUUUGGUCUUUUCUUCUGUACAAGAGAAGCAUUUAAUUCUAUGAAGGAACGUGAUGUUGCUGGACACAUAAUACAUAUCAACAGUGUUUUAGGCCAUUGGGUCCCUGAUGUUCCUGGAUUCAAUCUAAAUAUUUAUCCUGGUACAAAAUUUUGCUGCACUGCUUCUACUGAAGUUCUACGUAGAGAAAUGAUUAAAAUGGGAAAUAAAACAAAAGUUACGAGCAUUAGUCCAGGAUUUGUUGCAACAGAAAUGGUUGGCAAAUCGUCGUCACCAGAAAAGGUUGAAGAAUUUUUAAAAAAUACUCCACAUCUUUUACCGGAAGAUAUUUCUGAAGCGGUGCUUUAUUGUUUAGGCACACCUGAACACGUUCAGGUGCAUGAAUUGACCAUAAGGCCUCAAGGAGAAAACUUCUAAAAAUUGCAUUGCUAAUACAUAUUGACCCGUAUCGCUUUUUUCAUUGAAACACCCAGUUUGCACCAUUC